AUGGCUUCAGGCAUCCCGCUGGAUACCGCUACCAUCAUGUCAUCGGUGCUAGAAGGCAUUUUAUAUGGCUUUUCCGUUCUCAUGUUCAUGCGUACCAUCUGGAUGAUCACCUACAGCCGUCGCAUACAGAAGAUCAAUUGGCCAGCGACUGCAGUUGCCACCUUGCUGUUCUUGCUGAGCACCGCACAUAUGGUCGUAGGCACCAUUCGUCUUGAAGAUGGACUAGUGAAGUAUCGUGACACGUUCCCAGGCGGCCCAGCGGUGUUCUUCGCAGACACUUCCGACGAAAUGUUUGUGAUCAAGUAUGCGAUAAUUGUCUUACAAACUCUGAUUGGCGACGGUGUGGUGAUUUAUCGAUGCUACCUCGUUUGGCAAUCUGUGGGGAUUGUCAUUCUACCUUGCAUGAUGUGGUGUGGUGUCGCAGUGUUUGGUGUUUUUACAACCUGCAACUUUUCGCGAGCGUCGACCGACAUCAAUAUCUUCACCAACAAGACUGGACAUUUGGUCGCGACGUUCAUAACCUUGACACUUGCAACCAAUUUGCUCAGCUCAGGAUUACUGGCAUAUCGCAUCUGGGUGAUCGACCGCAAGGUUUCUGCGAUUCGCACUACGAAAGGGAGAAUGCCUUUAUUGCGCGUGCUUAUAGAUGCUGCCAUUUUAUACUCUGCGACGCUCUGCUCCUCACUAAUAUGUUUCGCCCUCUCGAACAAUGGACUGUAUAUUAUGGCAUACUUGAAUGUCCCGAUCAUCUCGAUUGCCUUCUACAUGGUGUUCAUUCGCGUCGCAAGCAGUCAGCACAAUCAGAACUCAAAUGUCCUUGGAGCAUCAAGUGAGAUAGAACGAAGAAACUCACGGCAAUAUCCUAUGCAGCCUUUCAAUGGUAUAUACGUGCAGGAUGAUAUAUCCUUCUUGGGUGAUAGCCCAAAAGUACCGAUACAUACAUUAGUAUAG